GUUAGUUCCGACCACCUGGCCGGUCCGCAGCUGCCGCCUUCAGUACGGCGUCUGGAGCAAGCGGGGUGGUUUAGCAGGGACAAGGACGCGUGUCACACCGAGGAACACCAGUCUUGUUAUCCCGGAACGUGCCGGCUGGCUAUCCGGGAGGUGUUCCGGGAACGAACCAAUCUUCCAGGAAAACGUCGGUGCGCGCACGGUGACUGCAGUCUUAUUUACGGCGCUUGGGCCACAUUGCCGUGUGACAGUAUAGGUUUACAGGCGUGGAUGGGGGGUAUCGCGAACCGCCAAGAUUUCCCGGUAAUCUAGCGGAUUGGAGUCAAUUAGGCGUAUUGCAUAGUCAUCACGGAAGGUGUUUAUACAGCAGACAGGCCCGAUUGGGGACUUACCGAGGCGGCGACGAGUCUGCGGGCGGGAGGUGAAGCCCUUGGGCCCCGCAGGACGCGAUGGGUAGAUUCGAAGGUGUAAAUGGACCUCGUUUCACAGGUUGAUGUCUGGUGACAGCCGCAGUGGUCGCACAGACGGAUCGAUCAGCGGACACUUGUGAACAGGACGGCGGUGGAGGAGGCCAGACUUUCACGAGCAGGCGGUUCAAGGGCGCGCGGGUGUACGCCGUGUACAAUCAGACAUCGGAUCGUAACGUUGGCCGAGCUAUCCUGCGCACUUCUCAUCAGAUCAGCUAUAUGCAUGUACGUUCAGAUACUAUUCUUGGGCGUAUAGUUCCUUUGACUGUACAGUAUAAAGGAGGAGCUUUUUAAAAGAUGCAGCAUCUCAAUGCAGGCUCUGGUGGUUCCGGCUUAAGUGAGCCCUGACUUGCCCUCUCUUGCAUAUCCACAGAGCACCCUUUACAGAUGAAGAGCCCCGGCGUAUUCCCUCGCCCUUUAUCUCAAAACCAAUUGCUAUAAUUCAUUCACCGGGCGUGUACAGUUGAAAGGAGUUCUGUGGACCCUCCGAUGAGUUGGGUUUCCGCUGCCGGUUUCUGGUUUCAGUUGUAGUCUCCUUUGGGGAGCGCCGCUGCAGCGAUGAUGGAUAAUUGCCCGGGGCUGUUUCUACUUGUCUCUGUGACAUUGGCGCUGUUGGGGGCUUCUAAAGAGCAGUCUAUAGGAGGAGAACCGAGGCUAGAGGCAAGAUCUGCCGCCACUUUCCCGGAAGACAACCUCCCUCCACAGGAGAAUGACAGUAACGUGGAGAGCCGCCGUGAAUAUUACCAGCCCAUCUACGUCCCGGCAUACCCGCCCGGAGGGGGAUUCUGGGUAGACCUGGACCCCGGGGAACGCUGGGUAACCGUUGCCACGGGGCUUCCGGAAACCGAAGUGCAAGAUAAGAGCAUCAGAACGACAUUUGACUUCCCAUUUUAUGGUCAUCCAAUCAGAAACGUGUCAAUAGCGAUGGAGGGAUUUCUCUCCAUCGGGUCCCUACUGAUGGAGUCUAUGGCCUCUACACAGUACAUCGCGCCGCUCAUGGCUAACUUUGACGCCACGUUAGACCCCAUGUCUGCGGUACGGUACAGAGACAACGGAUCCACGUUAACGGUAGAGUGGUUCAGAGUUCGGCUAGAAGACAAUGUAGAUGCGGGAUCCUUCACUUUUCAAGUGACCUUGUGCAGCGAUGGGCGAAUCAUCUUUGUCUACAAAGAGGUUCCCAUCCCUACGUCACGAAUAGACGACUCCUCGUACCCAGUAAGGGUGGGCAUAUCCGACGCCUACACAGUCGACAUACUGCUCCUACCAAUCGCAAACGUCCAUAGAAAGACGGUGUACGAGUACCACACGCUGGACCUGCAGCUACAGAAGGUCAAAACUCGCUCGGCCUUCCUCUUAUCUCCCCUCCCGAGUAAGUACCUCUGACGUUCGAUCUUUGCAAAGAGAGCUAUUCAACAUGCAAUAAACU